ACAAGCUAUACCAUCAACAUGGGCAGGAUCAUCUUCUACGAGGAUAAAAACUUCCAGGGUCGUUCCUACGACACUAGCAGCAACUGCAAUGACCUGAACAUGCACCUGAGUCGCUGCAACUCCUGCAGGGUGGACAGUGGCUGCUGCAUUGUCUAUGAUCGCGCCAACUUCAUGGGGAACCAGAUGUUCCUCAAGAGGGGCGAGUACUCGGACUUCCAGCGUCUGGGCAGCAUGGGCAUGUUUGAUGGCGUCCACUCCUGUCGCAUGAUCCCCAUGCACAGAGGAUCUUACAGGAUGCAACUCUUUGAGAGGGAGAACUUCGGAGGUCAGAUGCACGAGCUGAUGGAUGAUUGUGAUUCCAUCCAAGAGCGUUACCGCAUGUCCGACUUCCAGUCCUGCAACGUGAUGGACGGCCACUGGCUGAUGUACGAGCAGCCCCACUACAGAGGCAGGAUGAUGUACCUGAGGCCUGGAGAGUACAGGAACUUCAAGGAGAUGGGAAUGGGCAACAUGAUGAGAUUCAGCUCUAUGAGGCGUAUCGUGGACAUGUGUUAA